AUGUCAACAACAGUAGCAAUCGCUGGCCUUACCGGCAAAUUUGCGCAGUGUAUAGCCAGUGCACUGCAGACCUAUCCUAACGUGUUGAUUCGCGGCUUUUGUCGGAGCCCAGAGAAGCUACCAGAAUCACUGCUGUCUGAGGAGAGCGUUAAAAUCGCCAGAGGCGAAUUCGACGACGAAAUUGCCGCUCUUGAAUUCGUGCGAGGCGCAGAUGUAGUUAUCUGUUGUUACUUUGGCAGUCUGGAUGUGAUGAUCACCGGACAGAAGAUUCUGAUAGAUGCCUGCGAAAAGGCAGGCGUCCCACGCUAUAUCGCCAGUGACUUUGCGGUGGACUAUACCCAGAUCCCCUCUGGUGCCCUUUUCCCGAAAGAGUCAGCUCGAAUCAUCAAGGAAUAUAUCUCUUCCAAGGAUGUUGCGGGGGUACAUAUCCUCACUGGUGCUUUGCUUGAGACCUUCUGGAGUGAAUUCUUCGGGUGUUGGGACGCUACAACCCGGUGCCUGUCCUUCUGGGGAACAGGCGAUGAGAUGUGGGACUUGACAAGCUAUGAAACAGCAGCAGCCUACACGGCGGCUGUAGCCCUCGACCGAACUGCGGUGGGGGUGAUGCGGUUCCGAGGUGACCGAAAAAGUAUUCGAGAAAUGAAAGAGCUUUUCGAAGAAGUAUAUCAUAUUCCACUUCGCAUUGAACAAAUGGGAACUGUCGAAGAGCUCUACAAACAGGUCCAGGCGGCUUUCAAGGAGAAUCCAAGUGAUGUCAUGAGCUGGGCGCCAAAGUGCUUUGCCUACUGGUGUAUUCAACCUCAAGUGCAUCUAGGUGAUAAGCUGGAUAAUUACCGGUAUUCGAACGUCAGCCCUAUUGAUCUUAGAGAGUUCUACCUUAAACAUCCGGUGCAGGAAAUUCAUCGUGCGGAUGAAAAACUGGGAUAUCGCAGCACAUGA